CGCAAGGCUGAGAUAAGGGGAAUUGACCCGAUAAGAAAAAAAAGUUGAGGGAUCGCAACAUCCAUCUGCCAAGCCGCCAACCGCGGCAACUGCACUCAGCGACUACAUCCGGCCUUGCAGUCUCGACCCCUCAAUCCGCUUCGAGGGCAGUCGCAUCACAAAAUGCCACACAUCGAAACUGACGGCCCGCUCACAAAGCGGCAGAAGCGGGAUGUCUCGGUGGCCCGGCCGUCAAAUCGCGCUUCGCAAGGCUCUGUUAUUUUCGCCCCGUUCCGAACCGUAGGACUCGUGAAUCCCACCCAAGUCCCCUUCACCGCGAUACCGCGCGGAAAGACGACCUUCCAGAUCACCACCAGCGUCGGCCGAUGCCUACAUACCUACGACCUGAGACGAGGGCUCAAUUUGAUAUUCAUCACCCGACCGCAGACCCCGGCUGACAUCACGGCGACGUUCGCAUGGGGCGACCAGCUGUUUGCCGCCUGGGGCGACAGCCGAAGGGCGGGUGAGAGCCAGGGCCUGUGGAUUUUCGAGAGGGGGCGGAAGAUUGCCGAGCUCGAGCUCCCUGCUGGCCUCAACCAGCCCAUCAGGCAAAUCCUUGUGUUUGGAUCAUGGGUCGUGGCCUGCGCUCUGACAAGGAUCGAGGUGUGGAAGACGGACAGCCAGGAACACUACACGACAAUCUACUCGACCGCGGCGGCCAAGGGGGGCAACGAGCUGACGGGGGGUAUCCGGAACAUGCCGACAUACUUGAACAAAAUAUUUAUAGGCCGCAAGGACGGCUGGGUCGAGAUCUGGAACAUCAGCACCGGGAAGCUGAUCUACACCAUUCUGCCACCCUCGCCAAAGGCCGGCGCCGUUAUGUACAUGGAGCCCACCCCGGCCCUCUCAGUCAUGGCCAUCUCGUACUCCCGAGGACCCCUGGUCCUUCACAACAUACUCACCGACAAAGCGGUGCUUCAGGUCAACGCCGGCACCCCGGAGGCGCCCGUGACUACCAUCUCAUUCCGAACGGAUGGCAAGGGUGCUGGCAGGACGGGCGAGAAGGACGGAGUCAUGGCCACAGCUGCCUCCAUGAGCGGCGACAUCACCUUUUGGGAUCUGAACAAGGGCGGCCGCAUCAUGAGCGUUCUCAGGGGUGCUCACAACCCACCGCAGAGCGACGGUCAGAUGGUGCGUGGCGGGAUCGGCAAGAUCGAGUUUCUGCCAGGUCAACACCUUAUCCUCACCAGCGGGCUGGAUAACUCGCUCAAAUCUUGGAUAUUUGAUGAGGCUGCGUUUUCUCCCGUGCCACGGGUACUGCACUCGCGGAGCGGACACGCUGCCCCUGUCACAUGCCUGCAGUUCCUGCCGUCUGAUUUCGACGGGGCUGAUGCCGGCAACAAAUGGCUCCUCAGUGGUGGCCUCGACCGCAGCUUGUGGGGUUGGAGUCUGCGCCGAGAUGGCCAGAGCACAGAGCUCAGCCAAGGUCAUAUACGGAAGAAGGCCAAGAAACAGGGCAUCUUGACGUCGAGCGCUUUGAGCCAUGGGCCGGUAACGACGCUAGACGACCUGAAGGCGCCCGAGAUAACGUGUAUUGCCUCCUCCCUAAAUCGCGACGGCGGAAUGGGCGCGCUCCCAGGGAAGCAGCCGACGUGGAACCAGGGACAGGGAGCAGGCAAGCCAAACGCGGACGCAGAGAUCAGCGCCAUGACGGGCUGGGAAAGCGUCGUGACGGCACACAAGAACGAUCCGACGGCAAGGACGUGGUUCUGGGGUCGCAAGAAGGCGGGCCGCUGGGCUUUCCCGACAGGGGAUGGGUCGUACGUAUCUACGGUGGCAAUCAGCCCUUGCGGCACGUUUGCGCUGGUGGGAUCCCUCGAGGGCAGCGUCGACAUGUACAACCUACAGUCGGGCCAGCACCGCCAGCGGUUUCCAUCCAAGCUUACACCUGCCCAGGCGCGGCAGCUCAAGGUGCAGCAGCUGAGGCAAGCAGACAGCGACGUUAUGUUGCUCCAAGCCAACUCGCAGAAGGCGUUCUUGCCAGGCGCAGGCAGGCAUACCAGGGCCAUCACAGGCAUCGUUGUCGAUUCGCUUCUCAGACUCGUCAUUUCCUGCUCGCUGGACGGAACCAUAAAGUUUUGGGACUUUUUGACGGGAAAGCUGGUGGAUCAGAUCGACUGGGCUCCAAUGACGGUGAUCACAGGGUGUCGAUACCACGCGGCAAGCGAUCUGCUUGCAUUUUCAUGCGAUGACCACUCCAUCCGCGUUGUCGACAUGGAGACGAAGCGGACGAUCCGAGAGUUCUGGGGCUGCCAGUCCACCAUCAACGACUUCUGCUUCUCCAACGACGGGCGCUGGAUCGUGGCGGUCAGCCAGGAUUCAACUUUGAGAGUCUGGGAUCUGCCGACGAGCCAUCUGAUCGACGCCGUUAGGCUAGAAAGACCGUGCAAAGCCAUUGCCUUCUCGUCGACGGGCGAGUACCUCGCGACCGCGACCGAGGGACGAUUAGGAGUGGAUAUAUGGACCAACCGGACGCUCUACAAGCACGUUCCGACCCGCCAGAUCUCGGAGAAGGAGAUGGUGAGGAUAUCUGGCCCCACAACCUCGGGAGAAGGGGGACAGGGCCUCAUCGAGGCCGCGUUCGAGGACGACGAGCCCGAAGGCGAGGACACGGUGGCGGCUCCCAGCGUGGACCAGCUCAGCGCGGACAUUAUGACGUUGAGUCUGGUGCCCAAGAGCAAGUGGCAGACGCUUCUGCAUCUCGACCUCAUCAAGCAAAGAAACAAGCCCAAGGAGGCACCCAAGGUGCCCGAGAAGGCGCCUUUCUUCCUUCCACCAGCAAACGAGCCGAAGGCUGUCGAACAGGCCGUGUCUGCUAGAGAAGACAAGUCGGACGAGAGCAAGUCGAGGAUCUCCAAACUGGAUCUCAGCCGCGCCCAGGAGGCCUUCACGGCCAAGUUACAUGCCGGGGCCGAAUCCGGAAACUACAACGACUUUAUCGAGCAUCUGAAAUCACUCUCGCCGUCGACGGCGGAUCUGGAACUGCGAUCGCUGUCAAAUGGGAGCGCAGCAGACGAGGACGGAGUCAACGAGCUGGUGCACUUCAUCAAGGCACUAACAGCGCGGUUGGUAGCGCGCCGCGACUACGAGCUGACGCAGGCGUGGAUGACAGUCUUCCUUCGGCUGCACUGCGACGCGGCGGUCGGGGACGAGGAUGUGCUGGAGGCGCUGCGGGACUGGAAGACGCAGCAGGAGAGAGAGAAGGACCGGCUAGACGGGCUCGUGGGCUACUGCGGUGGGGUUGUUGGAUUCUUGAGGAAUCCGCUGACGUGAUUGUGUAACCGCAGGAGAGGAAGUAGAUGCAUGUGUGCGUUAUUUGCGGUACCGACAGUAGGUACCUACCACUUAGGCGUAAUGAUUCACUGCGUCUGGCCAAGACGAAAACCACGGAUUUUCCAGGGCUUGCUCCAUUCUACUCUGUAAUUAGAUAGAAUCCAACCGCCAGGUUGCUGGAGCGCUGCUCCACCAGGCGGCCAUGUGGUGGGAAGUUUCUUUUGCCGGCCCCCGCCUUUGCAACCUCGUGGGAUCCUUGUGGCCAACCGAUCAUCAAUCUCUUCGGAUGAGACCCUUGCAAGGAUCCCAUCGCCGUCCUCCACGGUAGAUAGACAGAUAGACACAGGCACGGUAUCCGGAAAAAAGUCUGGACCGCAAUUUAUUCCCCACCACCACAAAAAAGGAGCCCAUCCGGAAGGCUUCGACACUCCGGCAAAGCGAAAAACGUCACUGUGG